UCCAGGGCUCUUUAGUUGCAGCUCACCGCCUCCUUAGUUGUAGCAUGUGGGCUCCUUAGUUGCAGCUCAGGGGCUCCUCAGUUGUGCCAGGCGAACUCUUAGUUGCAGCAUGUAUGGGGGAUCUAGUUCCCUGACCAGGGAUCGAACCCGGGCCCCUUGCAAUGGGAGCGUGGAGUCUUAAACACUGGACUGCCAGGGAAUUCCCUUCUCUGCCUUUUUUUUUUUUAAAUGACACCCAUCAUCACCUGAAAUUAUAUUAUAUAUUAAUUCAUUUAUCAUUUGCCUUUUUCUACUAGAAUGUCAGAUCUUUGAAAACACCAUUGUAUUGCCAGCCCCAAGAACACUGCCUGGUGUGUUGUAGAUGCCAGAUAAAUUUUGGAAUGAUUGGAUGGAUGCAUGAAUGGAUGGGUGUGUGUCUGGGUAAAUAAGGGAUGGAAUACAAAGAUGUGUGGAUAGAUGGAUCAAAAAAUGGAUGGAUGUUUGGGUGAAUUAAGGGGAAGAUAAAUGGGCCAAUGAAUGGAUGAAAAUGUGGUGGAUGGAGUAGAUAGAUGGAUGGAGGAGUGAAUGAUGAAGGGCUGGGUGGAUAGAUUGAUUAGUAAAUAGACGGGUGAAUGAAUGGAGUGGAUGGAUGAAGAAAAAAGUGGAUGGGUAGAUGGAUGGAUGGAUGAAUGGGUGAAGUAGAUGGACAGAAGGAAGGAUGGAGGGAGAAAUGGAUGAAGGAAGAAGUGGAUGAAUGGAUGGAUGGAUGGAGAGAUGGAUGGAAUGAAGGAAGAAGUGAACGCAUGGGUGGAUGCAUGCAUGCGUGGGUAUGUGGAUAAAUGGGUGAAUGGAUGGAUUAGAUAGUUGGAAGGAUGGACGGACAAAGCAAGAAGUGGUUGAAUGGAUGAUGGAUGGAUGGAUGAAUAAAUGAAUAGAUGGAUGGAUGUAGUAGAAGGAUGCAUGAAUGGAUGAGCGAAUAGAUGGAGAGAUGGACGGGUGGACAGAGGGAGAGGAGGUUGGGUGGACGCUCUGGCAGGAAACAUUCUGGACUCUGUCCCUGUUACUUUUGUUUUCCAGGCCGACCCUCACUCUUCCUGGCACUGUGUGCCUCUGUGUCUUUGCUGGGCGGCCUGACCUUUGGCUAUGAACUGGCAGUCAUAUCGGGUGCCCUACUGCCACUUCAGCUUGACUUUGGGCUAAGCUGCUCGGAACAGGAGCUCCUGGUGGGCAGUCUGCUCCUGGGGGCUCUCCUGGCCUCCCUGGUAGGGGGCUUCCUCAUCGACCGCUAUGGCAGGAAGCAAGCCAUCCUCGGGAGCAACUUGGUGCUGUUGGCAGGCAGCCUGAGCCUGAGCCUGGCCAGCUCCCUGGCCUGGCUGGUCCUGGGCCGCUCAGUGGCUGGCUUUGCCAUCUCCCUCUCCUCCAUGGCCUGCUGUAUCUACGUGUCAGAGCUGGUUGGGCCACAGCAGCGGGGAGUGCUGGUGUCCCUCUACGAGGCAGGCAUCACCGUGGGCAUCCUGCUCUCCUAUGCACUCAACUACGUGCUGGCCGGUGCCCUCUGGGGCUGGAGGCAUAUGUUCGGCUGGGCCACUGCGCCUGCUCUCCUGCAGUCCCUCAGCCUCCUCCUCCUCCCCCCUGGUACGGUUGAUGCUGCAGCCCACAGGGACCUCAUCCCCCUCCAGGGAGGCGAGGCCACGAAGCUGGGCCUGGGGAGGCCAAGAUACUCCUUCCUGGACCUCUUCAGGACCAGGGAUAACAUGAGAGGCCGGACCAUGGUGGGGCUGGGGCUGGUGCUUUGCCAGCAGCUAACGGGGCAGCCCAACGUGCUGUGCUAUGCCUCCACCAUCUUCCAUUCAGUCGGCUUCCGUGGGGCCUCCUCGGCUGUGCUGGCCUCCGUGGGGCUUGGCGCCGUGAAGGUGGCAGCCACCCUGACCGCCAUGGGGCUGGUGGACCGAGUGGGCCGCAGGGCCCUGUUAAUCGCUGGCUGUGCGCUCAUGGCCCUGUCGGUCAGCGGCAUAGGCCUUGUCAGCUUUGCUGUGCCCAUGGACUCAGGCCCGAGUUGCCUGGCCGUGCCCAAUGCCACUCGGCUGUCGGGCUUCCCUGGAGACUCUGGCCUGCCCAGUGGCUUGGCUCCGCCUCUGCGGCCGAUGACCGACCAGAGCCCAGGGCGGCCAGUCUUGUCAACCUCUGAGAAAACCAAGCCUCAUCCGGGAGCUGGGAACCCCACUGCCCUUCCUCUGCCAGCCUUAAGCAUCAUGCCCGCUGCACGCCCUUCUCCUGCCCCUGAGCAUGCCCUGCUGCACUGGACCGCACUGGUCUGCAUGAUGCUGUUUGUGAGCGCCUUCUCCUUUAGCUUUGGACCAGUGACCUGGCUUGUCCUCAGCGAGGUUUACCCCGUGGAGAUCCGAGGGCGAGCCUUUGCCUUCUGCAACAGCUUCAACUGGGCCGCCAACCUCUUCAUCAGCCUCUCCUUCCUUGACCUCAUUGGUGCCAUUGGCUUGUCCUGGACCUUCCUGCUCUACGGGCUGACUGCUGUCUUCGGCCUGGGCUUCAUCUAUUUAUUUGUCCCUGAAACAAAAGGCCAGUCGUUGACAGAGAUAGACCAGCAAUUCCAGAAGAGACGGUUCGCCCUGAGCUUUGGCCACAGGCAGAGCUCGGCUGGCAUCCAGUACAGCCGAAUUGAGGUCUCUGCGGCCUGCUGAGGAGUCCAUCUGGAAAAUGCCGGAACCAUGGCUUUAGCAGACAGCCUUCAGCUUCCUGCUUGCCUGGGUACCAGAGCGCAAGUUCCAGGUGGUCCUUCAAGAGGCACCCCUGCUCCGGAAGAGGUCUGUUUUGCUGGGGCAAAAGGGAUGAAGAUCUGAGAACUCAGAAGUCUUCAGGUGGAGUCUCAGGCUCUGAGGGUUCCUGAGGCUCUGCCUUCCUGCAUCAGUUUCCCCACUGACUCUGCGCAUCUCUGCAGUAAUGAACUUAUGAUGAGAACAUCUUAUGGAGACUUCGUUGCUCUAUGGGCUUUCUCAAAGGAUCUCGAGGGUACCACCCUGGCAGGAAGUCUCUCCUGGAAUCACCCCUAAAUCCAGCUGAGGAUACCAUAUUCUCUGCUCUCUUUUUCCAUCUGGUUGGGACUUUCUGGGGAGGGGGAAGCCUGCUUUUUGGCUCUCAGAUCUCAUUUUGUUCAACCCCUCUAAUUCUCUUACCUGGAAUAUUUGUCAUUCACCAGCAACUCAGAUGGUUGGUAGGAGCUCUAGUCCUGAGUUCAAGGCCUGAGACUGCUGGUGUUCUUGCUGUCGGACUGGGGAUCUCAGCUUUCCCUGUAUGUGCAAUGGGAGCUCUGAACCAGGGGGUUCUUAAGAUCUCUUCUGAUGCCAAUGAGCUGGAAUUCUAAGUGCCGACAAUACCACAGAUAUUCAGCAUGGGUCCUGCUCUCAAGUUGCUAGUCAUCUCUUUCAGGGACAUAGGUUUUAAUUAGGGGAACGGUGAACAGAAUUCCAGAGUUGUGUGCACUAAAAUCCAAGGACCGUCCUAGUGCAGGUCACGAGCUCCAGGAGCUGUUUCCAGGAUGGCGCUGGCGGACUCUGCAGAAAGGAGGUGGGUCGGAAGCUAACAAACCUGGUUGUCGGUGUGGCCUCCACCUCUCGGCAGCUAGUGACCCUGGAUAAGUAACAACUCCCUGAAGCCUCAGUUUCCACAUCUACAGAAUGGGGAUGACUAUGCCCCCAGGGGUGUAUUUAACCUCUGUCUCCCAUCAGGAGGGUCUUCAUUUGGUCCCAUUCAGCUGGUCAGGAUGGACGGGAUUUCUGCUCACCCUCAAUACCCAGGUCCCCACCUUUGGGAUGUUGUAAAGGGCCACCCCCUCCACCCCCGCCAAGGGGUGAGUCAGACGGAAACUGAGCAAGUAGCUCCUCUCCCACAGGACUCUGGCCUCCCCUGAGUCCUUGUCUCUCAUUUCUAGCUACUUCCCUUAGAUCCAGUGGUGUGUUGGAGCCAGCUUGUGCUGGCUUGUGAGAGCUGAUUGUUAAAUUUUCAGGAGUUUUGCAAGCUCGUUGUUAAACACAGCUGCUAAAAAAUUAAAUUAUUUAAAUUUAUACUUAAAUAAAUUAUAUUAAAACCGAGGUAAUACAUACUAAAAACUCAUCACUUCCUUAUUUUACUCCAUUUUGCUCUCAUCUGUGCUCUUAAGGUAAUUUACACCUAUUGCCUCGCAUGAGGAACGUGGGGUAAGGGCACUGCCCAUCCCUUGCCGGGUCUGCCUUCAGUGACCCACGGGGAGUGCAUUUGCACCGCAGGGACUGGGGAACACCACAGAUCAGGGCUUGAUUUGUCGUUUUGUUGAUUGUCCAGUCUUAAGAAUGUGAUGGAUACAAUGUUAAUAAUGUAAAUUAAACUUAACAGUGUGUUCUGCCUGUAGUUGAUACUUUGUGAACGGCACAAAAAAUGGAGGGGAUUAUUAUCCAGUGCAGCCAACAGGUGACUCAUGUCACUGGUGAAGGAGUUUGGACACAAGUCUUUGUUGUUUUACUUUUGUCUUAUUCAUUAACAGGAACAAACAUUUCAACUAGCAUUCAUGUCAGAACUGCAUUCAUGCGUCAGUGACGUCAGCAACUUCUUUGCUGAGUCAUAUUGUUGUCAAGCAUUUCUUCGUGGUCUAGUUUUGUUAAAUCGUGGCUAAAUUGCAGUGACAGUUGGCUUUGGAAUCAAGAGGUUGGCAGAAAAAUCAACAAAAACAUUUCUGUGAGAAUUAAUUGGCUAGAUGGCAUUUACAAUAAAGAGUAUUUACAAUAAAGUA